AGGUUUCAAUCCAUCACUCACCUUGGCUUUAUGUGAUGAGUGACCUACCGCCGUUGGGCAACCCUGUAAGAAUGGACUCAGCCCAUGUAUUGCAGCAGCUCGAGGCUCUGAAAGAACAUCUGCUGAAUCAAAAUCCUGAUCUGAGGGUUGGUUCCAUGAGCGAGAUGGACCACAGAGCUGGAGGUGAGGAGGGAUCGACUGCCAACAGGGACCAGACGACAGGAACAGCGGGGGGGCAGGAGCAGAGCUCCAUGAUGGUGAUAAGUGAAGACAAGCUCAGGCUGCUCAUACAGGAAUAUGUCGAAGCUCGUCUGAAGGAGAGAGAAGAUUGUGAUGGCGAGAACUACAAGGCACGAAACAGUGAAAUCUCCUCCGGCCAUGAUUUUGCUGAGAUGACCUCCAUGUCGACCGAGAGCGCUGAGUCUCAUGCUACUGUGCAAGCUGACAGGGCGCACAGUCCAGACCCAGACCGGAGGCCCCGACUCGGCCCCAUCCAUGUGCGCGCUCAUCGAGAGAAGACUAUGUUCGACCCCGAGCUCGCCAUGAGCCCCAGCCCCGGAUACCGUCCGAGCACGUUCCGUGUUCCCACGAUGAAGCAUGACCACUUCGUGGUUGACAGCACUAGCUCCAGGCCCUCGAACCCGAACCGAGUGUACCCAGAUGCCCUGACCGAGGUAGACCAGAAUAAGGUGGAGGAGAGCGGAUGCUGUGAGGUCGAAAACGUGUCGACGCAGGAUCUUGACGAGGGUUGCAUGUGGGUGACAACCGCACAGAACGCGUACGGCGCGUUCAUUCACGUGGGGCUGCAGUCAGGGUUGAAGU